CUGGAAGGGCUGCUAGAGCAGAGCAAAGACUCAGGACCAAGAUCCAGCCCAUCAUUUAUCCUCUCCUGGAGACAAAGGACAGACAGUUGUCCAGGAAGGCUCCCCCAAGUUUUCUGUUGACCCAUCUUGAGCAUGGAGCGAUCCACGAGGGAGCUGUGUCUCAACUUUACCGUGGUCCUCAUAACUGUGAUCCUCAUGUGGCUGCUGGUGAGAUCGUAUCAAUACUAAGAAGAUGGAACGGGGGAUCCUGCCAUUGACCAGCACAGAAGAACUUUCAAGAACAUGGGGAGCUCUCCUGUGCUGCAGUAUGCCAUGGGAUGCCCUUGCCUGCAAUCACUUAUAUCUGGAUGUAGCUAGGAUAGGAUGAGGGUUUUCCCUUUGUAGAAUCAUCUGUCCUGUGCUAAUGAUGUGUUUUAGGGCUCUAGGUCUGUGAUCCCAUGCUUGUGUGAUCUGUGGCAAUGUGAUUUUAUGUUUUCCCAAAAUUCCUUUGUCAAAAGUUUGGCAAGUGUUGUUUUUAGGUGGGCACUGGAUGUUAAUAAAACCACCUGUUUGAAAUGGGGAUCAUUGUGAAACAGGACUGUACCAGGUGUUGUCUCCAUCCCUCCACAGCUCCCUAUCUGUCAGCCCCUCUACCAGCCUCUCUCCUUGAUAUUGUUUCUAAAUCAAAUUAAAAAUAAACUCUCUAGUAGAAAGAAAUGUAAUGUAAUUAGUCACUAUGGCUGUCAUUUAAAUGAAAAAAAAAAUUAAAACCUUGAAAAACA